AUGCAGGCUCCCGUGGCUCUCCUCAGCUCCCCAGCCCUGUUCCGGUGCAGUUCCAGGGCUCUGGCCAGACCAGUUGCAGUGUCUGUUUUCAGCAGGCCUGAGGUUCAGACUGUACAGCCAGCUGGUGUUUCCCAUGGGCAGCUGACCCGCCGCGAGUUCCAAACCAGUGCUGUGUCCCCGGCUGCUAAGUUCCUUGGUGCCGGCCCUGCCCCGGUCGGGUUGGCUGGUUCAGGAGCCGGUAUCGGGACGGUCUUUGGCAGCUUGAUCAUUGGCUAUGCCAGGUAA